UGACGAAAACAUGAGGACACUUUUUCUCGAUUGCCUUGUCGUUGUAUCUGUAUCUGUAUUAUUAAUAAAGGGAGCUAACUUGGCGGAACCAAAAGCCACUUUCAUUUUCAAUUCAUCACGUUUGUGAGGUUGAGUUUAAGGCUCUAAGGUUUCUUCAUCAUCAUCUUAUUGUUAUGGAAGAGAUUGAUCGGUUACCCAUUGACUUGCUGGCUCAUAUUUUUGGCCUCUUCACUUCCUUCACUGAUUUGGCUCAGUCCAGCAGUGUUUGCAAGAAAUGGAAACAAGGGGUCAAGGAAUCUCUGGCUAGGAAACAGAAUCUUAGCUUUGCUGGUUGGAAGAUGGAUGAUGACUCCACUGCUCGCCUUGUUUCACAUGCCUACAACCUCAAAAAACUUGAUAUACCAAGGAGCAGGUGGGGUUGCCAGAUAACUGAUGCUGGACUAAUCAGAAUUUCAUUUGCAAAGUGUGUAAUCAAUCUCACAUCUAUAUCACUAUGGGGAUUGACUGGUAUCACAGAUGAAGGUGUUGUCCAACUGAUAUCCAGAACUAGAUCUUUACAGCAUCUGAAUGUUGGUGGUACAUUUAUCACUGAUGAAUCUCUUUUUGCCAUUGCAAGAAGUUGUCCAAAGUUGGAGACCAUUGUUCUGUGGAGCUGCCGUCAUGUAACUGAGAAUGGUCUUAUUGCACUAGUUGAUAACUGCCUCAAGCUCAAGUCAAUGAAUUUGUGGGGAACAAGAGUUCCUGUGGACUGCCUUAGUAAUUUACUCCUUGCAAGUCAAACUCUUCAAAUCAAAGUUUAACACUGGACAAGAUGUUGAUUCAAACAGUGAUUUUUUCACUGUCUUUUAUGUACAUAUUGUUUACUUCUUGUAUUCUUCAAUUGAUUUUGCACCAAAAAUCUGAAUAUGACAAACUCUAUUCCUGUAUAUGAAGCAUAACGUGUAUAUAACUAUUGAACUCUAUCAAGUUACCAUUAUUGUAAGGAAUUAUUUUAUUGGUUUA